AUGACUCUACAGACGGUUGGGUAUCGGAUUGGCGACGUGGUGGGGGUGGCGAGCAACGAUGAAAGCUUCGUGGGAUCCUACUACGAGGCGACGGUGGUGGGUGAGUUGCCCGACGGCAAGGUCUACGUAGUCCAAUACAAGAAUUUGGUGAUGGACGACUUUUCGGCACCACUGACGGAGAACGUUUCCCGCGCCGAAAUCCGGCCGCAACCGCCGCAAUUGCAGUCCACCUUUUUCGACAUGUACCAGGAAGUGGACACCUUCGACAAUGACAGUUGGUGGGUCGGCCAGAUCACCGGAAAAAUCGGGAACCGUUACUAUGUCUACUUCGAGAACACCGGCGAGGAGAUCCUUUAUCACAAAGAUAGUAUCCGAAUCCAUCUUAAUUGGGUUUCUCUAGUAGCUGGGGCAAGUGCUUCUGAUCAAUGUCACUGA